AUGUGGCUACUAGAGAUUGAGUCAGAAACGCUGGAGGAGUUUACUGACGAAACUCGCGUGUCCUAUGCUAUCCUCUCGCACCGAUGGGAGGACGAUGAGGUCCUAUUCCAGGACAUCACGCAGGGAACGGCGCCCUUGAGAAAGGGCUGGCAAAAGGUGGAAAACUUCUGCCGCAUCGCUGAGAAGGAAGGAUUCCGCUACGUUUGGAUCGAUACGUGCUGUAUCGACAAGUCGUCAAGUACUGAGCUUUCCGAGGCCAUCAACUCCAUGUACCGCUGGUAUCAGCACGCAGACACGUGUUUCGCCUACUUGAAUGACUGCAACUACGAGACUGUCCGCCAACCUGGGAGCAACGAGCUUCAAAAGAGCAAGUGGUUCACGCGGGGAUGGACCCUCCAGGAACUCAUCGCGCCGGCCGAGGUGGUGUUCCUGUCAGCCGAAUGGAGAGAGUUUGGGACCAAGCGCAGUCUUGCCAAAGAGAUUUCCGAGAUUACGAAUAUCGACCCGUUCUUAUUUGAGUUUCCAGGGUGGCUGGAUAGCUGUUGCGCCGCCCAAAAGUUAUCAUGGGCAGCGACGAGGGAGACGACCAGGGUCGAAGACAGGGCCUACAGUUUGAUGGGGCUUUUUAACGUCAAUAUGUCGUUGCUCUAUGGUGAAGGGGACAAGGCCUUCUUUCGCCUUCAGAUGGAAAUUCUGCAGUCCUCCAACGACCAGAGCAUCUUCGCAUGGAAGCAUAACCCCGAAAAAGGUUUGCGGGUCCAUUCGAGUAUCCUGGCUACAUCACUAGGGGACUUUGAGGGAUGCCAUAAAAUUCGACAUACGUUACGGGACAUUGAAAUCGCCGAUGGUUCCGGUAUGCCCGACUUCUCCCAGCAAGUAGUCGGAGAUAUUUACGCAGAGGAUAGCUAUCAUGUCUAA